AAUAUGUCAAUUUAAAAGUCAAAAAUCUGUCAAUAAUGUUAAGAGUAUAGCAUAAAUAGAGAAUUAAUAAUAAAUUAUUCGAUGAAGUUCUUCUAAUAAUGGGUAUAGAUAAACUGUUGUCCGUAUUGUGUCAAUCUUGAUUAUGUCCGCCAGGAAUUAUUUUUCGUUUCGUGAUAAAAACAUUGGAAAAUUGUAUGAAUGUUUACCAAGUAUAAGUCAACAGAAAUUUGGGUACAGGGCCGGCCCAGAGCUGCCUCCGCUAUCAGCGAACACUAGCAAAUUUGUGAAUAGAAAUUUAAAUUACUCUUACGACUUACAAACCUACGGAUUGAAUAGUAUCGACAGAGCUGGGACACCGUUUUCAGAUUUCUUUUCGGAGAGCGAUACAGGUACUCCAGAUUUUCGCAGCGAGGAGAGUGACAGCAGUGCUGGCUCUGCACUGCAAAGGAGCACUGAAGAAGCCACGAGGAUAUUGUCUGAAGAGUGGGCGAAGAUUGAGAGGACCUUAUACAAUGAAGAUGGAGAAAAGUCCACUAGACUUCAGAUCAUUGAGGAGUGUAAGCAGUGGAGGCAUUUGCAUCCACAGUUCAGGGUCGUCGGCAGAGGUCUUCCGCUACCUGAAAAGCGUUUGUCGUACAGACAAGUUGAACACGACGAGGUGAUCGUAAUGCAUUACAGCGAUUACGAGCAGUUCAGUGAAAGCGAAGAGAGGUUGUCUCAGAGCAGCAGUGACGUCACACCACAGAACUCCCCCAGAGUGUCUGUAGAAGACUUGUGUGAACCGAGGUUAACAAGGGAGAAAGUCACUUUCUCAAGUAAUUUUAACGAAGAUCUGCCAGAUUCAUUCUGCUCGUUAUUACAUAUCACACCUCUACAGAUACACAGUCCAGCGCCAAGAAAACGUCAGAAUCAGUCCAUCAUCAGGUCAGAAUUAGCGUCGUCGCGGUGGAUGCGGGGCUCGCGACCUGACUCCUCAUUAAAUUGUGGUAGAAACAGUGCGAAAUCUUUCGUGUCACUUGACAUUAGGAACUACGGAAACAUGGCCUUAAGCGCAACUGAUAGAAAUAACUUGAUGAAUGGCAGGGUUGUCACAGCACGAAACAGAGAUAUGACUAAACUAGAGCCAUUGCACACCCCUGAAUUAAGUCCGACUGAUGUAUCAAAAUUGACCAGUACACCAUACCAGUGCAGUAUAAGGAAAGUGUCAUUGCCACCCCUGUUUUUGGAGGAAGAAAAGAAAAAAGUAACACCCGUCAGUCCUGCUAAGAAACAUAAUAUGAAAUCAAGAAAACGUAGGAAGUCAUCAUGCCAGUUUGAUAAGGUAAAAAAUAAUCAUUAGCAAAAAGAAAAAGUAUUUAUUUUUCACUGUUAGUAUGCAACUCGGCUGCUGUAGCCAAAAAGGUAAAACUAGAUUAGCGCAAAGCUCUAUUGUUAAUAUUUUAAUUUAAAUAACCAUUGUUUUUGAAGAUUGUAUACCUAGUUUAAUGACACAAUGUGCAUUUACACUACCAAUCAGUAUUAUCAUUCCUAUAAGUAUAAAAAUCAUGGGACUGUUUAAACUGCAACUUGUUAGAUACUAAAUUGUUUUUAAAAGUUAGAAAAAAUAGUCAUAAUAUAGGAUGCCCUCUGUGAGGACUGGUUUUAAUCAAAUUGAGGAUAGAUCACUCACUUAUGAAAUUUAAAUUGAUUCUAGUCUGAGGCUGUUUUAGAUAAUAAAUAAUUUUUGCACUAUUUUUCUAUUGUACAGAGUUCUUUGUUUGUAAAGAGUUUGGUGUUAAAUAUGAAAUGUAAAAUGCUAUAUCCACUAUGGUAAUAUUAAAUACUUAUAUUCUUUACGAAUUA